GCCAUCCCGUCCUGGUUCAUCAAAGUCGAGGAGAUGCGCGAGAAGCUGAUCAAGAACAACAACCAGACGUACUGGGUGCCUCCCUUUGUGAAGGAGAAGCGUUUCCAUAACUGGCUUACCGAGGCCCGCGACUGGUGCGUGUCCCGGAAUCGCUUCUGGGGGACGCCGAUCCCCCUUUGGGUUUCCUCAGACUUCGAGGAGGUCGUCUGCAUCGGCUCCGUAGCCGAGCUGGAGAAGUAUGCCGGCAGAGAGAUCAAGGACAUCCAUCGCCACUUCAUAGACGACAUCCAGAUCCCGUCUCAGAAGGGAAAAGGCAUGCUCAAGCGCAUCGAUGAG